GUGCUGGGCGCUGAGCCCCAUCCCGAAUGGCUGCGAUCGCCAUGACAACGCUGACUUCAGCUCCCUCCUCCUCCUCCUCCUCCUCCUGCUCCUCGCCUUUGGAGCCCGUUGGGCUGAUGGCUCGGCGCGGUCAACAGCGGCGGACCCAGGAUGUCCUCGAUGUUCGGCAAGCCCCGGGCUGGAGCCGAGCGGCCGCCCCAGAGCCCCCUCGCCGAGUGCAACGUGGCCAUCCUGGGGUGCCGAGGGGCCGGCAAGUCAGCCCUCACGGUGAAGUUUCUGACCAAGAGGUUCAUCAGCGAGUAUGAUCCCAACUUGGAGGACACCUACACCUCAGAGGAGCUGGUGGACCAGCAGCCCGUGCUGCUGAAGGUGAUGGACACCGCCGACCAGGACGGCCCCGGGAACUGCGAGCGCUACCUGCGCUGGGCCAACGCCUUCCUCGUGGUCUACAGCAUCGACGACAGGGAGAGCUUCGAGGGCUGCCGCCGCUACCUCGACGUCCUCGCCCGGCACGCGCGGGGCUGCCAGCACGAGAGCCCCGUGCUCCUGCUGGGCAACAAGCUGGACAUGGAGCAGUACAGGCAGGUGACCAAAGCCGAAGGGAUGUCCCUGGCCAGCAAGUUCGGGUGCCUUUUCUACGAGGUGUCGGCGUGCCAGGACUUCGCGGCGGUGCAGCACGUCUUCCACGAGGCGGUGCGGGAGGUGCGGCGCGAGGCGGAGCGCAGCGUGCCCCUCCGGCCCCUCUUCAUCGCCGAGGAGCGGCCCUGCCUGCACGUGGCCACCCCGGCCACCUUGGCCACCCGGCAAGGGCUGGCCAGCUGCACCCUCAACACCCUCUCCACCGUCAACUACAAGGAGAUCCCCUCGGUGGCCCAGGCCAAGCUGGUCACCGUCAAGUCCUCGCGGGCUCAGAGCAAGAGGAAAGCGCCCACGCUCACCUUGCUGAAAGGCUUCAAGAUAUUUUAAGGCGCGUCCCUGCACAAGGGAGCAGCGAGAGAUCCCCGUCCCCCGGCUCUGCGAGGGGCUGGGAGCAUCAGGAGUGGGGACCUUGUCCCGGAGACACGUGCACAGCCCUGCCUGGGCGAUGCAGCUGCGGAUCUGGGCACCUCCCGGGGCCGAGAAGCAUCGCUGGGAGGGCGAGGGCUGUCCCCAGGGGCAGCCAGCGGGCCUGGGCAUCUGCAGAUGGAUGUGGCCACGCGCUGGAUGGAGUCCAUCAGGCAGAGAUGGGGAGCCCAGGAAGGGUGAAUGAAUCCCCAGACAUAGAGGAGCCCGUGUCGUUCACCUGACAGGUCCCCUCGCCGAGCAAUAAGUAAGAGGAAUUUCUUUUUUAAUCUGAAUGAGAAAGUGGCGGAUAAUGUUACAGCCGACCAAAGGUCUCAGGUGUCCUAAAAUUGAUUCCCAUGCAUUGAAAUAAGUCAUACCAAAA